GUGUCACGCAGAUAAACCUCUAUCUGGGAGCUGAGCCUGAGUUUACACUCUGAUGGAGCCAGUGGACAGUGGAACUCAUUCGCCUGAUCGGUCUGCUUUCUGCUACUGAAGAUUUUCCUCAUCCCAACACGUUCUAGGAGAGGAAUACAAUACUUGCUUGGGGGUUUUUCCUGUUUUGCUCUUUCCCUCCUCCUCCUCUCGCUCUCUCCCUCAUCCUCUGGGCUCGAAUGCGCUCUCUCUGAACAGGUCCUCCAUCCCUCUUCCACACACCCUCUCUUCUCUCCCGUCGCCAUGGAUAUUGGCGGUCUAACCACCGUGGUGGCCAACUCGGCCUACAUCUCCGCCCGGGGCAGCAUGGACAGCACGGCCAACCCGGGUGUCAACCGCGACAAGAAGUACUUCGCCAAGCUGAAGCUGCCGCACAUCACCGUGUGCGAGGGCCUGCGGGAGGCGCUAGACGUGCAGUUCAACACCGUCUGCGUGGAGCAGCCCAUCGGCAAGCGCCUCUUCCAGGAGUUCCUGGAGUCGUCCAACGAGUACAAGGGCCCCAGCCGACUGUGGAAGGACAUCGAGGAAUACGACAGCGCGGAGGAUAAGGACCGAGUGCAGAAGGCUGCCAAGAUCAUCCAGCGGUACAUGGAGCCGUCCGCCAAGUACUUCUGCCCGUUCCUGCCGGAGAACGGCAUCACCAAGGUGAAGGAGGGGCAGCAGGAGGCCGGGGACUGUCUCUUUGCGGAGACGCUGCAGAACGUUCUGGACUUCCUGAAGGAGGUGCCUUACACCUUCUUCCUGGAGACCAUGUACUUCAAGCGCUUCCUGCAGUGGAAAUGGCUAGAGAAGCAGCCCAUCGGGGAGGACUGGUUCCUGGACUUCCGGAUCCUGGGCAAAGGGGGAUUCGGAGAGGUGUCAGCCUGCCAGAUGAGAGCCACGGGGAAGCUGUAUGCCUGCAAGAAGCUCAACAAGAAGAGGCUAAAGAAGAGGAAAGGCUAUGAGGGGGCGAUUGUGGAAAAGAGGAUUCUGGCUCGGGUCCACAGCCGCUUCAUCGUGUCACUAGCCUAUGCCUUCCAGACCAAGACGGAGCUCUGCCUCGUUAUGACCAUCAUGAAUGGGGGAGACCUCAGGUAUCACAUCUACAACGUGGAUGAGAACAACCCCGGAUUUGAGGAGCCACGGGCCUGCUACUACUCUGCCCAGAUCAUCAACGGCAUGGAGCACCUUCACAAGAAGAGAAUCAUCUACCGGGAUCUGAAACCAGAGAACGUACUGUUGGACAACGAAGGCAAUGUCCGUAUCUCUGACCUUGGGCUGGCGGUUGAACUGAAAGACGACCAGUUCAAGAUCAAAGGCUAUGCUGGAACUCCUGGCUUCAUGGCUCCAGAGCUCCUCAAAAGCGAGGAGUAUGAUUACUCUGUGGAUUACUUCACCCUGGGAGUCACUCUCUUUGAGAUGAUCGCGGCCAAAGGUCCAUUCAGAUCGAGAGGGGAGAAGGUGGAGAGCAAGGAAUUGAAGAAGCGCAUCAUCAACGACCCGGUGACCUACCCAGAGAAGUUCAGCGAGAAUGCCAAGUCCUUCUGCGAGGGCUUAUUGGCCAAGGAGCCGGACAAGCGGCUGGGAUUUAAGAACGGGAGCUGCGACGAGAUUCGAACGCAUCCGUUUUUCAGCGGCAUCAACUGGCGCAAGCUGGACGCAGGAAUCCUGCCUCCCCCGUUUGUGCCCGACUCUAAGACAGUCUAUGCGAAGGAUCUGGAUGCAGUGGGAGCUUUCUCCACGGUGAGGGGGGUCAACCUCGAAGAACCCGACAAGCAGUUCUUCGAUGAGUUCGCCUCGGGGAACAUCGCCAUUCCCUGGCAGGAGGAGAUGAUCGAGACGGGCGUGUUUGGGGAGCUUAACGUCUGGGGUGCGGGCGGGGGGGUCCCCGAUGACCUCCGACGGGAGUCCAUCUACGAACAGCCUCCCAAAUCUUCCACCUGCUGCGUCUCCUAAGGGUCAAACCAGGUCAUCUCCAUAGAAACCCACCGUUACUUUCAUUUUGCAGUUGGAUCUGCAGCUGGUUUUUACUUCUUCUGAAACAAUGAAUGGUUUCCGUGCUGCUUAUAUUCAGAUUAAAGCUUUCUUCUAUCCAUUUCUUUCAGUUUAAAUAUACAACUAAAGUAGCUGAGUCCACCUGUUUAUAUUUAGUCAUGAGUAUUGGCUCAUGCUAUGAAGAGAAAGGCUCAUUGAAUAGUUUCCUAAGUGCUCUGCAGCAAUAGAACUGUUCCGCAUAUUUUAAUAAGUAUCAUUUGAUUAAUGGCUGUGGCGAUUGGGUUUCAGGAUGAAUUGGUUUGCGUUCAGCAACAUUUCAUUAUGUGCUGUCAGAACAAUGAAUAUUAAAUUUUUUUUAAACAUAUAUCCUGGAUGGGGAAUUUUCUACAUUAUAUUUUAGUGUUUACUUUGCCGGUUUAGUUCUGUGGUGAGAGGUUACUGUUAGCGGUGACUGGUGACACGGCACCACCUGAAAUAGAGCAUUUUUUAUGUUUGUUUAUGUGCAUGUUUGUGUGUGUGUGUGUGUAUGCACGUGUGUGUAUGUGUGAGAGAGAGAUUUACUUUCAGGUAGUUGCUCUCUCAUUGAAUACCCCAAAAAGUGAGUGAAAUUGGCAAACCAAUGAUACUGGUCGUUUAAUAGUCACCGUGGACCUAAUGCUAUUCAACAUGUCUGUGAACUCACCUCAUUUUUCUAAAGUUUAGUUAUUGUUUAAUUUCUGAAUUAAAAUUAACGACAUUCUCCGAAUAGUAUAAAUGUAUACGGCUACAUUAUCUGUACUUGCAAGUGUAUGCAGCCCUAACCCUAACCUUAAACAUAACCCUCAGUCUCUGUCUGUUUUGAUCCGUUUAGCGCUUCUAGUGAAUCUGUUUUCUGAUUGGUUUGGCUUUCCAAAAUAAAUUGUUUGGAAAAUCACAGCAUGAAGGCUGCCAUUGUAAUAUAAGACAUUACGACAUGUCUCUCAAUUCUCUGCAAAUGUAAAAAAAUGCUUGUAGACUGUACAAAAGGGAAAUAAAUACAACAGUAUAAACAUAUAAAGUUAAGUUUUUUUUUUGAAAAUCAAAUCUGCUGAGAUGUGCUUAGAGACAGAAACCUUUGACACUAAUUCAUUUCACUGAUAUCAACAGUUAUUUUUUAUUCAAUGAAGUUGUAAUAUAAUUUUAAACUGACUGGACCAGACAUCGAAUGUGAUUUAUUUAAGACAACAAGACGGAAAUGUAUUAUUAGUUGAGAAAUUUAAUUACCCCCCUCUAUAUUGGUGCUGACUGGUGCCUUCAGACAUUGAGGACAUAGUUGGUGACUGGAAAUAUUUCAUGUAUUUAAUACACUUGCUAAAUUGAGUGUUCUGGAGGGUUCUAUGAGGACAGUAUACUUUGAAAUUAUCCAUGAAUCCUCUGUAGUUUUAAAUCUUUUUUUUUUUAAUGCUAAAAAGCAACAUGAACCAGAAUGGCUGCAUAUCAGGCCCAGUCUCUAGUCUGACUAAAAACCUUGGAUGUCACAUUUGACUCCUUGCUAACUCCUGAAGAUAUUUUUUACAUCUUGGAUAUACAGUAGAGCAUGUAUACGGCCAUGCCACUGAGACUGGAUGGCUCAUUAAUCUCGCCUGGAAGACUGCGAGGCUUUUUCUGAGGUGCGCUCUCUUGCCCUUCAGAAAACCGCACAGGCUGCAUUUAAGGCUUUUGUAAAACUCAACUUUUAAAAACCCUUUUUUUUCAUUAUUUGUUUUUAUCUUUUUAUGUACCAACAAACUGUUACAUUUUUAUGACCUUUGUGCAUUUUUUGUGCAUUAGUGUUUUUAAUGUGUUAUUCCAUUGUGAAUUAUUUUUGUGAAUUUUAUUGUAUAUUCCUUACUCAUGUACCAUGAAAUUACAAACCUAAUUUGGCAUUCCUUAGAUCUACUGAUGGAUAUACUGUACAAUAGACAGCACAAAUGACAGAAAUAAACUAUAACAGAUAUGCUUAUGAUGUGACUUUUGCGCCUUGGCUAAAUACAAGAUGGGGCAUCUUUCCUUAUUUUAGCAUGCAGCACAUUUUACAUUUCGCUAUUAAAAUUUAUCAGAGUAGCACAGCAGCUAAAGUGGCUGAGUCCACAUGUUCAUCUUUAGUCAUGAAUAUUGUUUAAUGCUAGGGAGAAAGGCUCAUUGAAUAGUUUUCUCAGUGCUCUGCAGCAAUAGACAUUUUCUGGGAAUUUGAGUAAAUUUUAGUAAUUUGAGCGAUUCUGGCAGGAAGGCUCUUUAGAAUUAAUUGGUCUGUUUCGAGCAACAUUUUAUUGUUUAAGUUGGACACUUGUCCAAAGAACAGGUGAAUGUUCAUAAAUAGAUUUUUGAUUGUUAAGAUACAUCCUUGAUGAAAAAUUUUAUACAAAAUUAUAUUGAAAUUUUUGACAAAAAAACAUCAAGUCCUGUGGAGGCUGUUCCGACACCUCUGAUUUUACUUUCACAGCAGCAGCUGUGAAGAGGGAAAUCGCUGUAUGGCUGAAGGGGACUGUUCCUUUAUUUUGGGAUUGGCACAAAGCACUCAGGAGGGGAAGCUUUAAAUGUGUGCGGAGGUACGGACACUUAGGGUGAUGGAAAGCUGAGAGUGACGACCACUCUCAAUCUUCCGGUCCAUUUACCACGGCAACAAAAGCACAGCGGUUUAUUUCCCGUUUAAUCCCACAAAGGAUUGAUGUUACUAUGGAAACCAGCUGAAAAAUUGUUUAAUUAAAUAAUGCAAUGAAAUAUCCCGUCACCCAUUGCACUAAUACUACUAGUAUAACAUAAGUAUGAUAAAAAUAUUUUAGUAUAACAAAAUGUUUUAUUGACUUUUAAGGUCCAGCCAACAGGUCUUGCAUAUUUAUUGCCACAUCCUUAAACAAGUGUUAGAAAUUAUAUCACAAAGAACGGACAGUAACACAUAUAGUGAAGGAGGCAGGUCUCCAUAAAAAGAGGUUUUAUUCAUUUACACAAUUUCCUGAUCAUGUGCUCUCUUGUAAAAGUUUACUGCAGUUAAGUGAAUACAUGCAGGACAAAAGACAAUAUUCAAAAUGUCUGUGUUGAACAAGGCCACAGCCUGCUGUUAAACUUCAGUUUGACAUUGUCUUAAUGUGCGAUUUCAGUGUGGUACGUCAAUUAUUAAAUUAUUAAAAUGCUGUUUCAAUAUA